CUAAGUGACAGCCUGAGUGACCUCAUAAAUAAUUUUUUUUCCCAAAUACAAAAAGAAAUCAAAGGCAACAUCAAUAUUACACAGAAGAUGUAUUAAAAUUUUUGGUUAUUUUCGGUACCCAACAGCCCAAAAACCCCCAAACAGAUUGAAAAAUGGAGUGCGAAAAAUGUGACAUCACCAGCAAUGCCGGUGACCAUAGGCUCGAUCCGACCAUAGAUGUGGAGGACCUCAAGACGGAAACCACCCUGGAGAUGGAGAUUGAGGAGGCUCUGUCCUCCAGUAGUGCCGAUGACACCCCACCGGGUAUGAUCGUGGUGGAGACCCGCAUCAAUUCCUGGGAGAAGGAUCAGUCCCUGAAUAAGGAGGCCAUCCCAGUGGAUGCAGAGGGUCCUGAGCUGCCGGCCUGCUCUGUUUCCCUGGGCCUGAAGCCGAAUGUCCAGUUCCAGAAGCUGCCCCAUCCUCCCAAUCACCCCCUGGUCAGCACAGAGGCUGCUCUGGCCGCUGCCACAUGUUCCGCCUAUGCCUCCGCCUCCCCGUCACCCAAACCCAUGACCACGGAGUCCAUUGCCACACUGCGCCACUGCAUCGAUGGAACCACCCAGUGCAAUAACCUGGGCUACGAGUCCGUUUCCAACGAUUCAAUGCCCUCGGUGGGAUCGCUAGUCUGUCGCAUUUGUCACAACGCCGAUAAUCCCGAACAGCUCGUGUCGCCGUGUUUGUGCAAGGGAUCGCUGACAUAUGUCCAUGUGCACUGCCUGGAGCGUUGGAUUAGCACCUCGCGCUGCACCACCUGCGAGCUGUGCCAGUUCCAGUACAACACGGAGCAGACGCUGCGGUACACCUGUCUGCAGUCGCUGCGUCUGUGGUACUCGCGGGCCAUGAGUCGCAGGGCGCUGCAGGAGGACUGCCAGAUGUUCUCCCUGCUCACCUUGGUGGCCUUCGGCAUCAUCGGGACCCUGCUGGUGGGCAUCCAGUACUACGCCCUGCACACCCACUCCUGGGGACUGAGCAAGCUCUGGACCAAGUCCUGGAUGCUCUUCUUCCUCUUCAUGACGAUCACCGUUUACUUUGCCAACAUUUACAUGCUGAUCAAGUCCCAGCUGACGCCCUGGUAUCGCUGGUGGCAGUCUGCGCGGGACAUUAAGCUUAUCCUGGAGAACCGACGGCCCUUUCCCAACCCGAGUCGCUUCCUGCGACCGUUUCAGCUGGAGACGGCCUCGACGACAGCCUCCAUGUUCACCCAUCACGAUCAGCUGGAAGUGCCAAUGCCCAGCCGUGCGCCGGCCAUCCUGAUCAGCUCCAGCGAGGAGGAGGCAGAGGACAAGUUGGCCCACAAAUGGGGCACGAGGCUGGACAGCGAUGUCCUUGCCGCAGUGGUGGCGGCCACCGUGGAGUCGAUUGCUGACGCAAGUGCACGCGAGAGCGAGGGCGACAAGCCGACCGAGCAGCAACAUCCGUCGCAGCAACAGCAGCAACAUCAGGCACAACAGCAACACCAAGCACAACAGCAACAUCAGCUGCCUGAAGGAGGCAACUGAAGAAGGGGCAACGACUAAUACUGGACUGGGUCUCGAGGGGAUGGGGUUAAGGAUGGUUAGCGCUAAAGGUACUGGGUCUGGGCGAGUAAUUAAGCCUCAAGGGCAAGGAUUUGGCCGGGCUUUCGUUGUUUGCGUGUCAUUUGUUUAAUGUAGUUUCAAUGCUUUUAAUGAACUUUCCCGAUGAGAGCUCGAAUUAAAUGGGUAAACUUGA